GGCACCAGCCUCCCCAGUACACAAGAGACAAUCAUACACCUGGCAAUGAGCACAGGGAGUUUGAGACACUCUAUGACAGGGUUCUCAAAGACAGUCAAGGUAGCAGCAGGAGAAAUUUCACAAAGUCUAACACUGAGACACCAGUGAGUUCAACAUCUCAGCAAAUGCAUGAGAAAGAGGAAUGCUCAGCCAGAGAUAACGAAAGCUUUAGGGAGGUGGAAAAUCAUAAAAGGAACAGUCCAGUUACACCAGGCUGUCAAGAGAGCCAUUUUAGGAUCUCAGUGCAGCGCAAUGAGCUGAAAAGGGAGUGGAGUGGUACAGCGUCACAGAGUUCCUGUGGAGUCACGGACAGCCUUUUAGAGAGCAUUCUGCAUGAGAAGGACUGUAUAUCCUCAGAGACAUCUAGCAAAACCAGUCAGAAGAGUUCUGACUCUGGAAAUACAGGCAUACAGUCUGAAAGUGGAUCUUUGCGACCUUCCUCGCACUCUCAGAAGAUUGCUCGUGCCAAGUGGGAGUUCCUGUUUGGGACCCAUUCAGAGGACCAACAUAAUACAAAAGGCUCCUCCACUGCACCCUCCAGUGGCUGUUCCAGUGAGUCUCCUACACCCAUUCAACCCUCAUCUACAUCCCUAAGGCAUGUAACAACACACUCAAGACACUGUCAAUCAAUCGGCUCUCUGAAAUCCUCAAGCCAUAAUGUACAGCAAGUAGAAGUGGAGUUGAUCAACACUGCCCCUGCGGGGGUGUCCUCGCCUAAGACCUGCAUCAUCAAACAAACUGUCAAAUAUUCUGAGACAGACAUAGAUGCAGUACCCCUGCGCUGUUACAGGGAAACAGACCUUGAUGAGGUGAUGCUAGCAGAACAGGAGGAGGCGGACUCUGCUUUUGGUAGUAAUCGCAGUGUGCUGGGGACCUCAGGCACAAGCAGCAGCAGCCUACUGGAGGGUGUGCUGUGCCCACAUUCAGAUGGUGAGGAGGAGCUGCAAGAUGAGGAGGUGGCGAGCUGGGCCAGUGUGAGGAUGCAAGGCGACAAAAAGAGGAAAAAUGCAGCAUCUGAGGGGGAUGACGUGUUUAGCCGAUUGCUGAGAGGUCCCCCAGGCAGCCAGCCUGACAGCAGCACUGCUUUGAAGUCUCCCGUCUCUGUGACCAGCCCCUGCAGGACCUCAUCAGAUGGCUUGGACUCUUUCAGCAGGCACUUUGAGAGUAUUAUGGAGUCACACCGUGCCAAGGGUACCUCCUACAGCAGUCUUGAUAGUGAAGACAUCACCCCCAGCGGCCCACCGGUCUUCACUUUUGACUUCCCGACCCUCACGCCUGAGAUCCAGAGCCAGAUCUGUGAAAGUGCUAAGCAGAUCAUUGAACUGAGCUUUGCUCCUCUGGCUUGCCCUGAACCACCUGCAGUGUCUGAUCCCAAAGAGUGUGUAACCUCCCAGGGCCUGCCAGAGGAGAUCCAAGCCAGUGUCUAUGAAGAAGAGAGUAUAUCCUGCAGUGGAUCUUGCUCUGAUAAAGCCCUCUGGCCUGAUUCUGACACAGAUGCUGCCAUAAGAGAGAGGCCAUCACGGCCUGUGGCUGAGUCUGAUCCAGAUGUGGCUGAACGACUGGCUUUGGGUAGCACUGAAACUCUGGCCAAUGGCAAUAAAGCUGACCUCCAGGCUGCUAAACGGCUGGCCAAACGCUUGUACAGUCUCGAUGGAUUUAAAAAGUCAGACGUGGCACGACACCUGAGCAAGAACAAUGAUUUCAGUCGCAUGGUAGCAGAGGAGUAUCUGAGUUAUUUCAACCUCUCAGGGAUGACAGUGGAUCAGGCGCUGAGAGUGUUUUUGAGAGAGUUUGCCCUAAUGGGUGAGACACAGGAGAGGGAGAGAGUACUGUCCCAUUUCUCUAGAAGAUACCUCCAGUGCAACCCAAACACGAUACCAAAUGAAGACAGUGUUCACACAUUGACUUGUGCCGUGAUGCUGCUCAACACUGAUUUGCAUGGUCAUAACAUAGGAAAGAGGAUGUCCUGCACACAGUUCAUUAAUAACCUGGAGGGGUUGAAUGAUGGCCAAAACUUCCCGAAAGAUCUUCUCAAGGCUCUUUACAACUCUAUCAAAAAUGAAAAACUGCAGUGGACAAUCGAUGAGGAGGAACUACGGAAAUCUUUCUCUGAGUUGGACGGCAGGAAAGACUCUGCGUCGCACACCAUGAAGCGGAUCAGCGGUGGAGGAAACCCCCUCGUCAGUGUCGUGCAGCUGUCCAGCACUCAGGUCUACAAGAACGGCAUUCUUGUGCGCAAAGUUCAUGCUGAUCCCGAUGGCAAGAAAACUCCACGAGGUAAAAGAGGGUGGAAGACAUUCUACGCCAUCCUUAAAGGACUGAUUCUCUAUCUGCAAAAGGAUGAAUAUCAUCCAGAUAAGCAGCUGUCUGAUGAGGACUUGAAGAACGCAGUAUCAAUCCAUCAUUCUUUAGCCAUGCGAGCAGCAGACUACAGCAAGCGACCCAACGUGUUUUACCUUCGUACUGCAGACUGGAGAGUCUUUCUCUUUCAGGCCCCCAAUGCAGAGCAAAUGCAGUCCUGGAUCACCCGCAUCAACACAGUGGCAGCCAUGUUCUCUGCCCCUCCCUUCCCAGCAGCCAUUGGCUCACAGAAGAAGUUUAACCGCCCUCUUCUGCCAGGCUCAAGCACCAAGCUCUCACAGGAGGAACAGCUUAAGACUCAUGAGACACGGUUUCGAGCCAUUUCUGCUGAGCUCCAUGAUCUGCGCUCUUCUCCUCAAGACCGCAAAACCAAAAGCAGGGACCUAGAAGAGUACAAGCAAAGGGAAGAGUAUCUGGACUUUGAGAAAACGCGCUACGGAACAUACGCAAUGCUUCUGAGGGCUAAAAUCCGAACAGGGGAAACAGACCUGGUGGUGUUUGAGUCCCGUUUGUUUGACGAUGGUGGCCUGCAGAGGGCUCACUCCAGCCCCACUCUACCCCAGGAAAACAGCCAUGCCAGAAGCACUGAAGAGUCAAGCAGAAGCAGCAGCAGCGCCGCUCGCAGCAGCAGCACCAAGAGAAGCAAGCGCUCAGACGCUCAGAGACACAGCUACAGACAGGCUGUCAAACAAUGAGACUUCCUGUAGCAAGUGGGCCGCGUGUCCCAUCAGGUAUUAUUUAUCUCUAUUCAGGGGCUGAAUGAAGAGUGUAACCGGUCCAGGACACCUGGAGUUUACUCUGAUUCCUCUCCAGUCAUCUUGAAUUAUAUACUGUGCUUGGUAGGGGUUGCUAGAAUCUGGGAGAAAUGACCACAAUAGCUUACCCAUAUAUGACCACUGGCUCCGAGAACUGGUAAAGCAUGCAUUUCUGGCCAGUAACCGCAAACCCAAAUCUGCAACUGUGCCGAAUGAAAAGGAGCACCAGCCUCAUGGUAUUUGUCAGUCUUUGUUUUUGCCACAGACCUGUUCAGUUUAUCUUUGUGCAUUAUGCUUGUUUAAUGUUGGUUAAAAUUGUAGCACUUGUGUGCCAUUUUGUUUCAGUUGCUUUAUUUAUUUCUGGUGGCCCCUGGAAGGGAUAACCAAAAGAGAAGUAAACCUCUUUAUCAUAUGAACAUAUGUUGUUCACCUUAUAUAUUUAAAGCAUUGUAGAUUUUGCUUUUUAGACUGCCAUUUCAUUAUUGGUGGCUAAUCAAAACAUGCAGCUUUCAAGGCAAAUCUGAGAAUUUAGUCUGUACGGUCCUUUAAGUUCUUAAAGCAUGUCUCAAAGCAUGCCUAUGAUUGAAGACAAUCAGUUACGCGUUUGGUACAAUUAUAGAGAAUAUGAAUGUGUUUUAUUUGGUUAUACCAUGACGAUUGACUAGUGAUUAUGACACUGGACAUUUUUCUUGUUGAAAUUAUGCAAAUUAAUUUGCUCAGUGCACACUAACAAAAUGACCAAAUCUCUAUGUGAAAUGGUCAUUAAAAAUGAUCACACUAAUUGACCCCAUUGUAUUAUUUGGUAUAAUGUGUGACAAUUGUGUAUGUUAAAUAUGUACUGAGCUUGAGAAUGACGUGAUGCAAAUCUUUGUGUCAACCAUUUGAUCAUGGCCAAGCCAUUUAAUUCUCAGGCACUCGUUUUCAAAUUUGUGAUUCAUUCAGUGCUGCGGCGAUACACAUUCUGCCACCAGAGGGGGCACUAAAAGCUGGUUUGUUCUGUAUAGCUACAUACACUAGAAUACCUCAAUUGCAUUAAGAGAUUUUCUCAAAAGGUGUGUCAUUUGGUCAGAAAUACUAGUACCUUUUUACUAACUGAUAGUCAAAUGUUACUUCCUUAUGAUCCAAUGGAUUCCUGUGAAGUAUUACUUUGUUGAAAACUAAAGGUAAGCUUUUAUUCUGCUUAUCAUCACCUCAUUAAUUAACAAAGAAUCCAAGAAAUUGUAAAACUUGUAUUGUAAAAAAACACACCAGUUCAAAUCCAGGUUGUGAAGAUCUAAACUGACUGUUAUCACUGCCAGCAUACAGAUCAAUUUCAGACACUGAGAAAAUAAAAUACACAAAAAACGAAGAAUUUUUUUAUCAACAGAUUAUUAUACGGAUCUGGGACCCAAACUCCAGUGGCACUUCAAAAGUGUUAUGCUCCUCUGCACUAUGGGUAAUAGGUGUAUUUAAUGAAAAGAGCUAUUUAUAUAUUUUGAACAUUUAUUAUCCGUCUUGAGAAUUUGUUUAUGACUGAAGCAUAUCGACUUAAGGGUUUAUAUACAAGAUUUUAUAGGGAACACUCAACCACUCAAAGUAGUUUGGUGUCACCCAGAGAUUUUACUGUACUUGUAACAUUUCUAUAGCUUUUUUGUUUGGGUUGUUGUCUAUUGUAGCUGUAUAUAAUGUGAAUAUGAUGUUACUGCUCGGCAAGAAUAAUGCUAUAAUGUUUGUAUGUUUUGCAGGCAUAGACAAAUAAAUCAGUUUUGAAAGG